UCUCAUCGAUCCAUCAAACCUCGUUACUAGGAAACAGCGAUUCUGCCUCCAGUCGUGGAAAUACAAGCUAAAUACGUUCGCGAGCAGGUGCUCGAGCUUGUCGUUGGACAAGGAGUAGUGAGAUUAAUUCGGCGGACAGAUGAAAAAAACUGAACUAUGCCGACGCAUAUUGAGGUCGUUGACAGGCCGAGUAGCGAAAUCGAUCAGAUAGCAAAGUACCAGAAUAGUUAUCGACUGGAAUCGCGUAAUGUAUUUAAACUGGAGACUGUGGACAAGCUGGUGGAGACGAUUAUGAACGAGAACUUGGAGAACUUCACGUACGAGCCGAAGGAGGCCGUCAAAAUUUGCACCGAAACCGCUUCGGAAAUUCAACGGAAGAUACGGGUGCUCAAUUUCGACAGGUACAAAAUCGGCGUGACUGUGAGCAUCGUAGAGAAGGCCAGUCAAUCGAUGGAUUCCUCGAUGGGAUUUCUCUGGGACAAAGACAGAGACAACUACACCACUUACACCUUAGAAGGACACACGUACUACGCGAUUUGCUGCGUAUACGCUGUAUACUACGAAUAAUCAACUUUAUCAGCUUUUCGAUUAUUUUUCUCAACUUGUAUAGUUCAGCCACUAAUGAAUAAACACUAUAUUAUGCUCAAAACAAAAAAGAA